AUGGUUCAAUUUGAGUUUUCGUUGGAGAUUAUUUGUCUGUAUAAUGCGCGGGGAUGGGGUGGACAGUGGCUAUUUCCAAUAAAAGGCAACUGUAGACAGAAACCACAACUACAAGCUGCCAAUACAUUGGAUCCUGUAUCUAAAUCCCCUUGCGGAUUACAGCAAUGUGAACGGGAUUGUUUCUCUAACGCAAACUGUGUGAUAAUGGUUUUCCACAUAAAGAGUUUAGAGUGUUAUACGGAGCUGACCAUCGAUUCCGUUGAAGCUACGGGAAGUUUGGAUUUUGUUGUAAAACUCCGCCACCAAAUCGCAUCGGAACUGGAUGCGUCCUAUUUGUGCAAUAAUCACCAAUGUGAGAGCGGACACACUUGUAUUGGUCUAUCGAGUGGUGUUCAUGUCUGUAUGGCAAUGCCUUGUGGGCAACCGUUGUCUAUUGCUAACGCAGAUGUCAAUGUCAUUAGUUAUUCAAUUUCCUCAACAGCAUCAUAUUAUUGUCAUAUCGGAUACAACGCAGUCGGAACAAUGGAAGUCACGUGCCAGCCCUCUCUCAAGUGGACAGACACCAGUUUCAUUUGUAUCAAAAAUGGAUUUUCUUAUGAUCAAGGAACACAAAUGAUUUAUCAAAUCUUUACUUCGGAAAAAACAUACUCAGAUGCGAAAAGUCAUUGCGCUAAUCUAGGGUCGGAACUUGUGAAGAUUAAUACUACGGAAAGAGUUAACGUGUUAUCGUCUUACCUUAACCUUGGACAGUUCUACACUGAUGCGUCGGAUCUAGUUCAGGAAGGGACUUGGAUUUUCUCCGACGGAAGUAAUGUUGAUAUGACAUUGUUUAGCCCAGCUGAGCCUGACGGUGGAACGAAUGAAAAUUGUGCAAUCUUCGGAUAUACUGCUAAAUUACACGAUGUAAUUUGUUCCACUACAAGACUUUUCAUUUGUGAAAUAAGAUGA